UCCAAAGCAUCAUCACUCUCUGGAAAGCCUUCCGAAUUAGACAAGAGCUGCCUCUCAGCACAGCUACAAAACACUUUAAACCUGACCAGCUAAAUGGAUAAACCUAUCCUGCAUAGCUUUUAAACUGGGGUCUUGCACAGCACAGGAUGCCUGCCUGCUUCAGGAGCUGGGGAGCUGGAGGAUGGAUUGCUGUGUCUGGGAAUGGCAAAAGGCAGCAGAAUGAGAGACGUUAGGUACCGGGAAAGAUUUUUUUAUUUCUCCCGGAGAAGUUGGUUCACCUGCCUGGUCUGCAAGAGCUGCUACUUCCUGAUUGCUACUUAGUGCUGAUGGUUCUCUGAUGACUUACACAAUGGCUCUCAGAGCUUAGAGUCCCUCCCUACCCCCCCACACACUCUCCCCUCAAUCCUUCGUCCUGUCUUCCCCACCCCCAACCCCUUCCCUGUCCUUUCCCUUCCUCAUCCCCAAAAUUCUUGCUUGUCCUCUCUAGGGAACUUUGUGUGGGUUUCUGGCAUGCACGCUGGAUGGCGGUGAUGUGAGUGGCAACCGUGCUGUGACAUGAAGAUUCUGAGGGUUUAAAGAGAAGGGAGCAGUUUGUAAAAGAGAAGGAGAGGCAAAGGGAAAGCUAAAAAAGGAAAGAGAGAGAAGAAAACAGCUGGAGAAAGGAGAAGGAGGACGUUUGUUGAUGACAAAAGGAUGGGUUUCCAUUUAAUUAAGCAGCUGAGAGGCAUGAGUGUGGUGUUAGUGCUGCUUCCCAUGGUGCUGUUUGUUACGCUUGCGGGGGCUCAGCGAGCUUGCCCCAAGAACUGCAGAUGUGAUGGCAAGAUUGUGUACUGCGAGUCUCAUGCCUUCAGAGACAUCCCUCAGAAUAUUUCUGGAGGGUCUCAAGGCUUAUCAUUACGGUACAACAGCAUCCAGAAGCUUAAAUCACAUCAGUUUGCGGGCCUCAAUCAGCUCGUAUGGCUUUAUCUUGACCAUAAUUACAUCAGCUCCGUGGAUGAGGAUGCAUUUCAGGGGAUCCGCAGGCUGAAGGAAUUAAUUCUAAGCUCCAACAAAAUUACCCAUCUGCACAAUAAAACAUUUCACCCCGUCCCCAACCUCCGCAAUCUGGACCUCUCUUACAACAAGUUGCAGGUGUUGCAGUCUGAGCAGUUCAAGGGGCUUCGUAAACUCUUGAUCUUGCACUUGCGGUCCAACUCCCUGAAAACCGUGCCCAUCCGAGUUUUCCAAGACUGCCGAAAUCUGGACUUCCUGGAUUUGGGCUACAACCGCCUCCGGAGCUUAUCCCGUAACGCUUUCGCUGGCCUUUUGAAGUUGACAGAGCUCCACUUGGAGCACAACCAGUUUUCUAAGAUCAAUUUUGCCCACUUUCCACGCCUCUUCAACCUUCGCUCCAUUUACUUGCAGUGGAAUAGGAUCCGGUCUAUUAGCCAAGGGUUAACGUGGACUUGGAGUUCCUUGCACAACUUGGAUUUAUCAGGAAAUGACAUUACAGGGGUAGAGCCUGGGACCUUCCAGUGCCUUCCCAACCUGCAAAAGCUGAACCUGGAUUCCAACAAACUCACCAACAUUUCUCAGGAGACCAUCAAUACGUGGAUCUCGCUCAUCUCCAUCACUCUGUCCGGAAAUAUGUGGGAAUGUACUCGAAGCAUUUGCCCUCUGUUUACUUGGCUUAAGAAUUUCAAAGGAAAUAAAGAAAGCACUAUGAUAUGUGCAGGCCCUAAACAUAUCCAGGGUGAAAAAGUGAGCGAUGCCGUGGAAACAUAUAAUAUCUGUGCUGAAAUCCAGGUAGUGGUUACUGAAAGAUCAUACCAGGCACCCAAAACCCCCCCGCGACCUGUCUUCAUUCCUAAACCUACCAUUUCCAAACUGGAAAGCAAUCAGCCGACGUCUGUUGUGCCAAGCCCAUCUGCAGACCUCCCAACCCCUGGAGUGGAACCAGAGUAUGAGCACGUUUCCUUCCACAAAAUCAUUGCUGGGAGCGUGGCCCUCUUUCUUUCUGUGGCCAUGAUUUUGUUGGUUAUCUACGUGUCGUGGAAGCGCUACCCAGCGAGCAUGAAGCAACUCCAGCAGCACUCGCUCAUGAAGAGGCGCAGGAAAAAGGCCCGAGAGUCUGAAAGACAAAUGAACUCCCCUUUACAGGAGUAUUACGUGGACUACAAGCCAACAAACUCUGAGACCAUGGAUGUAUCCGUUAAUGGAUCUGGGCCCUGCACGUAUACCAUCUCUGGCUCCAGGGAAUGUGAGGCUCUGCCAGGCAGUGGUGAGAUUUUACACAAAGGCUUUGAACUCUCUGCUCCAGCUUUUCUUCAUCCUCCAAAGGUUCCUCACCACAUGAAGACUUUACCUUAUUACAGUUACGACCAACCAGUGAUUGGGUACUGCCAAGCUCACAAGCCUCUCCAUGUCAAUAAGGGGUACGAGGCCAUGGCCCGGGAGCAGGCAGAGACAACCAACCUGGAACUGAGUCGGGACCACAGCUUCAUCGCCACCAUCGCCCGCUCGGCCGCCCCGGCCAUCUACAUCGAGAGGAUACCAAACUAACCACGGAGACAGCCUCUUCCAGAGGAGUGGGGAGCUCUUCUGAGGGACCUUUCAACUCAGAAGAGACCAGAGCAAGAAACUCAAAUCUACCAUUCCAGUGACAGAUGUUCCAACACAGACAAAGGGAAGGGGGAUCAAGCAAGCUCCGCAGACUGUGGGAGUGCUUGUCUUGCAGGACACAGAGAACUUCAGGAUUUUCUUUGCUUUAAACUUUCAAACAAAUUCCUCAAUGUAAAUAUUACAGAGAGAUUGUCAAGUUCUUAUUAAAAAAAAAGAAAAAAAAUAGAUUUCACUCUAGCUACAUAAAGGGAUGGAUUAAGAGUUUUGUUUGUAUAUUUGAUUUUUCUACAUUGCACGGUUCCGGGGAAGGAAGAACCACAGGUAAAAAUAAA